AUGUAUCCACAAUUACAAAAAGAAGAGCUAGUCGAAUUUCGAAACUAUAUUCGAGAAGUAACAUCAGCUAAGAUAAAUAAAACGACGGAUAAGACUCCGAAAAGAAACAAUGCUUAAAAAUAAUUGGAAUUUAUUCUUAAAAGCACACAAUUGAGAUAGACAGUUUAAAAGCCUGAAAACACUCAAUAAUUAUCAAGACUCAAUUACGAAUCAUCAUCGUACAUUCCAAGAUCGUCCUCAUAGCCUUUUGUGCAAUUUGAUUCAAAUUGUUGGAAAGAGACCUAGAAUUCAUUUAGUAAAUAGCAGACAGCUUAUGUGAGUGUAUCAGAUAUGUUGAGAAUUACCAAUGGGUUUAAUUAGAUGAAUAAAAAGGAUAUAAGUGCAUUGAACUCCAAUUAUUUACAUUCAUUGCAUGAAUUAGAUUUGACAAUAACAGCCCUUCUAAAAAGAAUCGAUUGA